AUGCGCUUUUUAGCCACAACGGUUAUUGUUCUGCAACUAGCACUCCAGCAUGCAUCAGCGACGGUAGGCGUCCUCGACAUCAACGACCUACUGCAACCAGAUCUCCAACAGCAUCUAUCGACUCCAAGCGAAGAUCAUCCGUAUGCGCCAUGGUCUCACAAACCGUACUGCACAGCCAGCAGCUACCUCCCCACUUUAGGCCAAAAGUACUGCGUCUACACAUCCAACACAACAGGCCCACACGGCCUCUCCCUCAUCUUCUCUCCGAAAUCGGCCUACCUAGCAUCGGAAUAUCUCGACGACAACCCGCUCAAUAACUUCCUGACUCAGAAAGAUGCUGAACGCCUCUACUUCGGCAGCCAACCAUGGAAGAUCGUCGACAUACCCGGAAAAGCGAAAGGCGUAGUGGCCACUCGCAAAAUCAAGAUGUACGAAACAUUCAUGGUGGAUCAAGCCGCUGUCGUUGUGGAUAUGGGGGCGGAGAAGGCUCUGAGUGAGGCCGAAAACAAGAAGCUGAUGAAGAGGGCGGUAGAUCAACUGCUUGUUCCUGCGAUGAUUAGAGAUAUGAGUUCUGCGCACGCGGGGAAGAACCAUGAUGCUGAGAGUGAUGAGGAUGAGAAUGAUGAGGGAGGUCUUGAGGAAGCUAUCAUGAAGACGAAUGCAUAUGGCAGUACGGUUGCGGAGGUCAGCUCGAGGGCGCUGUAUCCGCUGAUCUCGCGCAUCAAUCAUGCAUGCAACCCAAACUCCUUCGUCCUAUUUUCCCGCGCAGGCGUCUCAAUGGCCAUAAAAGCCUAUCGCGACAUUGAGGCCGGCGAAGAGAUCACCGUCUCUUCCGACGAACGCCAAGCCUCUGAUCUUCGCCGCACAAUGAUCACGCAGGCCGAGGAAAAGAUUAUGGAGCUAGCGAAGGCCUACAAACUCGAUGAAGCUAUAGCUCUCGCGGAGGAAUCAGUUGAACUGAUCAAAGACGAAGGAGUCUGGUCGAUGUUGACCGAUGAGUAUGCCAUGUUGGCUAUGCUAUGGUUGGAGAAGGGCGAUAAAGAGAAGGCAGAAGCGUAUGGCGAGAAGACGCAUAGGUUGUUGUCUGAUUUGGGGUUUUUAGGUAUUGGAGAAGACAGGGAAGCGUGGAAAUUGGAGACGCUGUUAAAGAAUAUCGGAGGGUUGGGAGGGAUCGGUCAGCUUUGGAAGACGGGUCCUUUGAGAGGGUAA